UCCAGGCAAGGCAUAGCAAUAUUCAUAUUUAGCAACAACAACAACCUUUACGAUAAUGAUUAUUCCGUUAUGUAGACUGAGAGAACGAUGAAGUGUAUGCCAGUUUCACCAAAAGACACGGAUGAAAACACUGGACUGUGAUAUACAGGAUGUGGCCACAUUUCUCUGGAUGUAUGACAGAUGGUGAAGAAGGGGCAGACCUUGUGAAUCCCACACAUCUUACCUCCUGCAUUCAUCCAUUUAUCGGCUAUCUGAAUCCCAUUUUUUCUUUUUGAAACGAUCAAAUAUUACAUUUCACAAAAUAAUGUAGCAAAAAGCUUAGCCUUGGAGACAUUUGACCUCUUUUAACCCCGUCUUGCAUGGGUCUGGUGCAUUGUCUUUUUAACUCAGAUGGGGCUGAGCACAACACUGAAGUUCACACUCAUUUGUAAAUUAUUAGACCAAUGUGCCGUGUUUGGCCCCCGUCAGUUACCCCAGCUGUGCAAUCACAGGUUUUUGUUGUAUGUUUGAAGUGAUCUGAUAGACCAUUAAUUCAGUCAGCCCCCGGCCUUUCAGGAGAAUGAACGGCUCUCUUUUAACCCCGCCCAGCCCGCGGGCGGCAAACUCCUCUCCUUUACCUCCCUCACCCUCCCCGUCUCCGUCCCCUCCAUCUCCCUCUUUGCUGCCCCUGUCCCCUCGGCCACCUCCCCUGCCGCCUCUUGUGAGCCCUCCACCCCAGGCUCACCCAUCCUCCCUUUCAGACACCCCCACACCCUCCCCCUCGCCUUGCCUGAGUUGGACCGAAUUCUGUGAGCUCCACGCCCGCGUUGCAGCUGGUGACUUUGCGCGUCACUUUCGGGCUUUUCUCCUGGAAAACCCGCACUACUCCCCAGAUUCAGCAGCCGCCUUCUGCCGGCGCUUCACCGACCGCUUUGUCCGUCACUUCCAGAGCGAGCUGGAGGGGGCGCUCCCGCCAAGCUGUGCUUCUGGGAGGGACGAUAUGGUGAGCUGGGCUCCCCAGUCAGAUGCUACGUCCCUGGAAGAGGAAGCGGUCUCACCCUUGUCAGCGUCUGGGGGAGCUGUCCUCCCGUGUCCCCCGACUAACACGACACGGGCCCUAUCCAAACCUGCUCCGACGCGGCUGGUGUUGGAGAACCGCAGCGGGGACAGGUUUCAAGAUUCUUACGCCCACAGCCAAGUCCUGCCUCCAUCUUCAUCAUCGUCGUGUUGCUCGUCGGUGGGAGGGAACAACGGGAGGCGUGAAGAGAGGGGGGCCAUGAUUGCGCCCGGCAAUGGGGAAGCACCAGUUGAGGAAGAGGAGGACAGCUGGUUAGGGGUGGCGUCUGUGGGGGAAGACGUUGAGCCAGAAGAGCGGGAGGGAGAAUCUACAGAGGUGGACAGUGCUGACCCCUCCCACGCUCCUCAGAUUCCACCUUCCUCCUCCUCGGUCACUCCUCCGCCUGGCUCCAAAGGUAACAGUACGCCCAACUCCUCCAAAAACAAAGUGAAGAAGCGCUUCUCUCUGCGGAGUGUGGGUCGUAGUGUGCGGGGGAGUGUCCGGGGGAUCCUGCACUGGCGAAGCUCCUCCAGUGACUCAGCCCAGAGCCAGCUGCCCUCCAGCUACAGCUACACGAUGGGUGUGCAGGACGCCACCUUGGUUUCAACCUCAAAGAGGAACUCUGGCACACAGCCUCCCACACCCACCUCCUCCAUGCCCGUUUCUCUGUCCAUGCCCCUGUCCCUUCCCCACUCCUCAUCCUCCUCGCUGCCCCCUUCUUCCUCAAGCAGCGCCACCUCUCUGUCUCUUUCGGAGGCCGCUCGGGAUCGGCGGCGGAGCAACGGCGAAGCGGGUGAGAAGGAGAAGUGGAGCCAUCGUCUGGAAAAACUCAGACUCUCACGAUCCCCUCCCCCUGUCCUCACCCCGACCGCCUCCGGCUCUCACUCCGCCUCCUCCACGCUGCCUCCGAGCAGCGCCGCCGCCGCCGCCAUGGGUCCGCCGAGGAAGGUGGGCCGGCUGGUGCGGGAGGGCGGGGUGAGCGUCAGUUCAUCAAGCGACGAGUUGAGCGCGAGCCACGGCUUUUCCGGCUUCUCGUUCGGUCUGCUGCAUCACAGUACGGACAACAACAACGCCGCCGCGGCUUCGUCCGCCGCGGCUCAGGCAGGUCCAGUGCAGCCUCUGGCCAGCGGAGGCAACGUGCCCUGGAGGGGGGGACGCUGGCAUAAAUGUCGUCUGGUCCUCAGAGAGAGGGAUAGAGAAGGUGGUGAGCGGGGAGAGGAGUACUACUUGGAAUUCUUCAUUCCACCUAAAUCAUCAAAGCCCCGGCUCACUGUCCCUUGCUGCUCGAUCGUGGAUGUGAGGAGCACCACAGCGCUGGAGGUCCCGGACAAAGAGAACACCUUUCUGCUGCAGCUGGAAGGGUCGGCGCAGUACGUGAUCGAGACUCGCGACGCUGUACAGAUGAGAGCCUGGCUGAGUGACAUCAGGAACGGCAUCUGUCUCAGCGAACAGGAAGACGCUGAAGGUGUGUGUGGGGGGCUGCUGGACAUCAGUGGGACGCCUGAGAUGGUUGACCGUCUCUCGCAGGUGUGUUAUGGAGGUAUCGGAGGCUCCUCUCCCCUGAUGGAUCCUCUCCCGCCUGAAUUGCCGCCUCGAGCCCCUCUCGACGAACCAGACAGCCGGAUACUCGGCGGAGGCGGGGCUAGCCUGGGCACACCUUUUCCUGAGACUCCAGACGCCACAGGCUCCUUCCUGUUCUCGGAGACGACAGCUGCAGAGGCGGUGGAGCACCCUCUCAGUGAGUGUCAGUGGUUCCACGGCACCCUGUCCCGUCUCAAAGCUGCUCAGCUGGUGUUGGCCGGAGGCCCGGCGAGCCACGGUGUCUUCCUGGUUCGCCAGAGCGAGACACGGCGCGGAGAAUAUGUCCUCACCUUUAACUUCCAGGGCAAGGCCAAGCACCUCCGUCUGUCCCUGAACGAGGACGGUCAGUGCCGAGUGCAGCACCUUUGGUUCCAGUCCAUCUUCGACAUGUUGGAACACUUCCGGGUGCACCCGAUCCCCCUGGAGUCCGGCGGCGCCUCAGACGUCACGCUCAUCAGCUUCGUGGGUGCCACUGCCGUUCGCCAGCCAGGCCGGGACAGGGCGGGCAGCCGGCCUACAGUCUGUGAUGUCAUCACCACGCGCCAUCCUGACUCUCCAUCAACCCCCAUCUCUGACUGUGUACUUGACCAGCAGACCCCGUAGCCCUCCCCAGCCUCCUCCCCUGCCGCCGGGUCGGCCGCCGCCUCCGACUCCUCCCCAGGAGAGAGGAAGCGAGGCGGAGGUGGGAGGAGGAGGAGCGGCUGUGGUGACAAUGGCAACGACGGGAGGAGGAGGAGGAGGAGGAA